UAUUUACUUCCAUGGUUUCCUCUGCAUGCACAUUUUAUUCCUCAAAUAAGUUUUCUUCUUGCCAGCUUCAUGUUCCUCACUAACAAACAAGCACAUUACACUGUACUACACGCAAUAUUCCAGUGUCUUGCCGCCAUAGCCGAUUUGUUUAGCUUCUUAGUCCAUCGGUCCGAGUAAGGUCCACGUACGCAUGCAAAUAUAACCAAAACUCAAUCAUACAUUACAGUCAGAAAUCCACAUGCUCGAUUUUCUCCAAAUUGCAGUUCAAAACAAACUCAUGCUCUUAGUCCCGUUUUAACAAUACCAAUUGGGAGCAUGUACAGCUUCAUCCCACAUGCAAUGCAAUCCACUCCCCAUCAGAUUCUACCUCCUAUUAUUAGUAGGUUUCCCAAUCAAUUAGCAGACUUAGCCCCAAAAAAAAUCAAUUACAGCAGACAAAUCCACAAAAUAUCUACCCCUGCACUUUUUCAACAUGUGCUAUAUACUCCCAGAACAAAGUAAUCAUACAGGCCAAGAUUUCCCUUGAUCCCAACAAGUCCUACCAGGAGCUGAGCAUAGCUCUUGCUUCUGUUCUUUUUCUUUUCUUUUUGGGUUUGAACUCUUAGAAUAGUGAGAAAUUUAGAUAUGGCAAUUGGGCAGUGCAGAGAUGUUGAGAACGGGGGAACCAAUAGUCUUGGGGAUUUGGAACAGCCCUUUAUCAAACAAGAGAAGAAGGUUGGUGCUGAUUAUGAAGAUGGUAGUACUGGUUCAAUUGGGAUGGUUUUGCUUAGCACAUGUGUUGCAGUUUGUGGCUCUUUCGAGUUCGGAUCAUGUGUGGGCUAUUCAGCACCCACUCAAUCAGCUAUCAGGGAGGAUCUCAAUCUCUCUCUAGCUCAGUUCUCCAUGUUUGGCUCUAUACUGACUAUUGGUGCAAUGCUGGGUGCUAUCACAAGUGGUAGGAUUGCGGACUUUCAUGGUCGAAAGGGGGCAAUGAGCAUGUCAGCCACUUUCUGUAUUACAGGAUGGCUAGCCAUCUAUUUCUCUGAGGGAGCUUUGUCACUUGACAUAGGAAGGUUUUUAACUGGAUAUGGAAUUGGAGUUUUCUCUUAUGUGAUCCCAAUAUUUAUAGCAGAAAUCGCGCCCAAAAAUCUCCGUGGAGGGCUUACAACAUUAAAUCAGCUCAUGAUUGUUACUGGAUCCUCAGUUUCAUUUGUAUUAGGAACGAUUAUAAGUUGGAGGACACUAGCUAUAGCUGGAAUCCUUCCCUGCAUUGUCUUGCUUGUUGGUCUAUGGUUUGUUCCCGAGUCCCCUAGAUGGCUGGCAAAGAUUGGCCAUGAGAAUGAGUUCCAAGUUGCACUGCAAAGACUUCGCGGAAAAUAUGCAGAUAUAUCUGAUGAAACAGCUGAAAUAAAAGAAUAUAUUGUCACUCUACAAAGCCUUCCAAAAUCCGGAGUGUUGGAUUUGUUUCAAAGCAAAUACAUUCGUUUGGUGAUUAUUGGAGUUGGAUUGAUGGUAUUUCAACAGUUUGGAGGUAUUAAUGGGAUAGGAUUCUAUGCAAGUCAAACCUUUGAAGAAGCUGGUAUCUCAAGCAAAAUUGGAACCAUAGCUUAUGCAUGUGUUCAGGUCCCAAUUACUGUAGUGGGAGCAAUGCUUAUCGAUAGGUCAGGAAGGAGACCUCUUAUAAUGGUUUCAGCAACUGGAACAUUCCUAGGCUGUUUUCUAGCAGGAACUUCUUUCUUUCUUAAGGAAUAUGGUUUGCUGCUUAAUUGUGUACCAACAAUAGCUGUCUCUGGUGUGCUGAUUUACAUUGCAUUUUUCUCAAUCGGAAUGGGAGCAGUUCCUUGGGUGAUAAUGUCUGAGAUCUUUCCAAUCCAUGUGAAAGGAGCUGCUGGUAGCUUAGUGGUGCUUGUGAACUGGUUGGGUGCUUGGGCAGUCUCUUAUACUUACAACUUCCUUAUGAGCUGGAGUUCCUCAAGAACUUAUUACAUGUAUUCUGGAUUCUCUUUGUUGACUAUCCUAUUUAUGGCAAAGUUGUUGCCAGAGACCAAAGGAAAAACACUAGAAGAAAUUCAGGCAUGCAUCAAGUCAGAUAGAAGAGAACAAGAUAUCUUGAACUGAUAAUCUUUAGGGUAGAUAUUGGCUCUAUUGAAGUGUCUUCUCCAUUUUGAUCCGGAGGUGAACUUUCACAUAGGAGGGACUAGAGCUACAAGAAGUGCUGAUUCUCGUUGAUCAUGUGUCAAAUUCCUUGGCUGUUUCCACCCUAAAGUUUGCUAAAUAUGUUCGUAAUGUAUUCAUUUAGGUGGAAGUUUGAUGCAGUCUAUAAUAAAGAGCCCUAGCUUUCACUCUUUCA